GGGCUGAUGGCUAGGCCCAGUUCCUAAAACAUAAUUGGAAACGACGAGUGUCCGACUCUGCGCGAAAGAAUGUGAAGGUUUGUAAAUUUCGAGAUAAAUGAAGCAUGAUAGGUAAGCGCUGAUUAGCGUCUAAUCGCUAAAUCUUUUUAGAAAGUGCAUCCAGACGAAAAUAUAUUUUACCUGUGUAUCUUCCCAUUAGCGGAAUUCGGAGUUGAAUUUUUUGAAGCUAAAUUCUAUUCGGAUGGACAAAUACGUAAUCGGGGGAGUAGAAUGCAACGCAACAUUUCGCAAUAAUUUUAUCGAAUUCAUCGAAUUCGUACGAAAUUAAGCGUUCAAAAAUGGAGCAACAAUAAACGUUACAUUUCAAAGGCGUCGAGGCGUGUUAUCUUCAGCUUUCUACGCGUCUUAUCCCUCUUUCGACGUACGGUGUAUCAUCUGAUUAGAUAAAGAGGACUCGACGGUGCUGGCUCGAAAGUAUAUCCAGCACGCUUUUGUUUCAAUCAGGCAACCUGUGUGUGAAGAGUUCGCGCAGGAAGAUCAAUCAUGGUGUCUCUGGAAAGUGUCGCGGGUAUAGUGAUAAAAGUGUUUAAACUGGUUAUCAACAUCAUAAUCCUGAUCCUGUAUCGAACAGGAUACAAGGGAGAGUUCCUAGGCGUGGGAGGAACGUGGAACUUGAACGAGGACAAAAACCCAGACGCAGAGAUCGUCGCGUCCGGGGUCUUGGUGGGAUUUUUCAUUUACACCAGCGUCGUUCUCAUUAGCUACUGUUUCGGCACUACUUAUCACAAAAGGACGCUAGUCGAAAUUAUAAUGAAUUUCGUUGGGACGUUCAUGUUCGUUGCUGUAGGCGGCACAGCGCUCCACUAUUGGCACGGUUAUCAAGCGGAAAAUAAAUUCGAUUCCAUUGUCCAGGAACGACAGGUGGGCUUGGCUGUCGGAUCGUUGUGCGUCAUCGAGGGCGCAGCGUACCUCGUCGAUCUAAUAUUAAGUUUCCUGCAUUUCGCGAAAAAUCAGGGUGAAUUUCUAGAAUAAAGCCAUGUAUUUCACACAUACGUGGCACAUAGAAUAGUAAUCUCGCCGCAUUUCCACCACAGCAAACAGUGUCGUAACUGUGGUGCAGCCGGAUCCCCCCAUCGUUCGAAAGUUUCAAUGCGUGUCAUUCACAAAAUCUCGAAACGGUUCGUGCCAGCAGUUACGAGGAUUAGUUAUCCUAAGUCGAAGAUUAGAUAAUAACCAUUUGAUUGACAGAAGUGUUGAAAAUCCAAGGAACACACAUCGACGUAGUUAUUUUACUUUAAACGAUUAAAAAAUUUCGAUCAUCGACGAUGAUGUGUCACCGCAUACAGAGAGAGAGAGAAACGGCAUAUAGGAAAUAGUAUUUAAUUUUUAUAUAUGGCGUUGCUACAUUCUUGUACAUGAUUUAUAUGACAAUUUAAUAUACAUAUUUUAAUGAACUUUC